AUGAACUUACCCACAUCUGCGUUUAGACUUUCCAAAUUCAUUGAUGAUGGUUGUGUUAACGCUUCAGUACCCUUAGUGGAACGACGGUCGAUGGGAUCCUGUAUGAUUCCACCUAUUACAGGUGCAAUGCAUCACACUGUUGCUAAGGAUGCAUCUGACUUGUUAAAAACAGAAUCAUGCGUAUGUGGCACGGAUUAUUGUAAUGCGGAAAAACCCGAGAUUACUGUACCCGAAAGACAAAAGUGUCAAACUUUUGUAAAUACAAAAGUCAUGGGAACGCAGGAUGCAUCUGAUUUGUUAAAAACAGAAUCAUGCGUAUGUGGCACGGAUUAUUGUAAUGCAGAAAAACCCGAGAUUACUGUACCCGAAAGACAAAAGUGUCAAACUUUUGUAAAUACAAAAGUCAUGGGAACGCAAAUGAGUUCAAAAAACGUGACCUGCACUGGAGAAUUCUGCUUUAAGGCCCGAAUAAAAUCGAAACUCGGACAUAUGACCGAGUACAACACCAUCGGUUGCGCCUCAUUUACCGGAGAUGAUCCGUUAGCUGAAGAAUUGAAACCUACUGGUUGCGCAAAAUUCUCCAGCGAACAACUGGAAGUAACUGCUUGCUUUGAG